AUGGUAUUUGGUCAGCCAACGUGGACCUCGGCAAGUGUGAUCCGUUUAAUUCGCUUCCAAAAGAGGUACGCCACAGACAGAAAAGGACACAAAGAAAGAAUGCGGAUUUUCAGAGGUUUCUAGGUUCUAGGGCCAUUACGUGAUUGUUAGAGAGGGUAAUGAAUUCAUAGAAUUUUAAAAGACAACUUCCUGGAUUUACUGCAUGAAAACAUUGCAAGCAGAUGUAGAAUAAAAUACGAAUCAAUUUGUGCAGAAUAAAAGGGAAGAGGACGAGGUUAAUUAGAAGCGGAAGUUGUUUAUGAAGCUAAGAACCAAAAAAUAAGAAGAUAGCAAGCAUGCAAUUGUAUUACUUAUAUAAAAAGAGAAUUAGGUUUUCUGCCUCGUAGUAUGAACGCAUGCGAAUGAUCAGUUGUAGCGCUUCUAUUAUCCCGUUUUCUUUUUAAUAUGUCCUUCUAAUCCCACAAUCGCACCCGGAAAAAUAAGAAAGAGUUGGAGAUAAAGAUUAAAAAGUACAACUAUCAGAGACGCUUUUCCCGGAAUCGUUCAUAUUCAGAUUUUCAUCGAAGCUCGCGAAAACGGCACUGGGUACCGACAGGAUCUUGUUCUGAACUGGGACGUGACAGCUCCCAAGUUCACAAUCACCGCAAUUCGUCCAUAUUUUACUAAGGACAGUGAACAUGUGAUUCUUCUUGUAAGUCGCAUUCCCGGAAAACAUAUUUAUUCUACAUGCAUUUCUUUUGGAGCGUCUACACUCUGAAAAGCUGGCACGAGGGGGUGUUGUUGCUUUUGAAAUGACGUUCAAUUCUUAUAUAGUCUGACUAGGGGCAUGGCCCUACCGUAGUUCUUUUAGCUUGAUCUCGCGUUCUAGUCAUUCAGAUACAUGCGUACCCAGACACCAGUCGGUGUUUGAUCGCUCAUCUGCCUAUAGGCAUGCUUUUUCAUUGUGCGCGGAGUCAGGAAGUGAAAAUCUAAAGUAAUUUGGCUGCCAUUUCGAUCCAGACCACCAAAGGCGUUUAGGUUCACGUGCUGGAGCGGUGGUGUCGAAACAAAACACGGUCUCGACCGCGCACGUCAUCUGCGAAAAAAAAAUGUCAAUUCAAUUUGCGUGCCAGCGCACUAGUGGUAUGGGCAUUGUAUUGUGACGGAACAUAAAGAAGAGCUCAGAAAUGGAAGGGGGUCCGAAAGAAAUGAGUUUAAAAUGUUUCCAGGUUGACGGAGAUGGUAUUUCUCAAGGAAACGUCAGCAUUCUGCUCAGAUGUAUUUCCGAAAAGACUGCCGAAAUGCAAACGAAAGAAGUGAAAGUUAACUCAAAAAUCGGAGAAGCGCUCAAAAUUGGAAUUCCGGAGGAGUGGCGAGCGGGCGUGAGCGUCAUUCGAGUCAUUGUGAGCCGACAACAAAUUAGUCUGGAAUCGAGUUGAAUUUUGAAUGAAUUCCAGGCAAAGCGACUCAUUGAAAACGGAUACAGUAACGAGACGAUGCUCUACAUCCCAAACCUCAGCAACACUUCUCUCAGCUCCUCGUUGAUCAACCCGGAAGAGACGAAACCGUACUACAGAGACGGUGAAAUUAUGAAUGUUCUGGUCAAAAACACAGAUAUGGAAUUGAACUUUGUGGUGAGUCAGUUAUGAAACCAACGUCUUUGCAGUUGCGUAAAGCUAUUUAAAAGGAUUUCCAGAAAUCCUUAUAAUCAGAAAAAGGUUAGAGAGCGUUGAGCGAAAUGAAUAACAAGGAAAUAAUGGGGAUUCAUCUAUAAUUGAAAAUCCAAAUUUCAAAGAUUUUGGGUGGUCUUCUGCUAACCAGGAAGCCAUAAAAGGCUCUGCUUCCUACUAGGUUUCUGCUUUUAGUUUGAAGAUAAUUGAGUCUGGGCCCGUUUUUCCAAGAAAAUUGCUUUUAGGAGGUACCAGUCCAAAUUUUUGAGAUCUUUUUGCAGACCUGGAAAGCUCCAAGAAGUGAACAAGCUUUUGUUGUUUUUUUGGGCCAGAACCACAAGAAAAGGGUAAAGGAAUUGAAUUAAGAGCACUUUCGAGGAACCUAAUCGACCCCAAUGUUAUCUGUUUUUCAGGAUCGGCAAGAAAAUUAAAUUUUUUAUAGGGCCUAAGAAAACGGACAAAAUUAAUAGUUAGAAUGAAGACCAUGGAUUAUGAUAGGGAGCAUCGAAAAAAAGCGGAACUGGAAGAAAAUGGGGGAUUUUGGUGUUACUUAUGUAGGCGGUGAAAAUAAAUGUGGACAGCAAUGGAGAGAUCUUCGUCUUAUGAAGAAAAAAGGCUUAGAGGAUAUUUCCUUGAAAUCUUGAAAUCGAGAGGCUAAUUGAAAUGCUACCUUGUCUGGAAAAUUUGUAAGCGAUUUCAAUCCGGAUCAUCCCCCACAUCACCGGCCGGUGCAUCAUGCUCUCAAAAUGAUGAUACGGGCUGCAUAGAAAUGUUAUAUAGAAACAUAUUCACUUUGAGAACGUUCCUAUCCCAUCUAUUUAUAGUUGUUUCAUCCGGAAGUGAGAAGAACUCAUAAUUUCUGUUAUUCGAUUAAAGAAACAAAGUUCGGAUCUAUCCGUUACCCAUUAAAAAUAUACUCUUCCAUUCAUAACAAGUGAUCACAUACGGAAUGUUCAAUUUUGUUGUACUUUCGAGGACCUAAUGGCGACUACGGUAACCGCUUACGCAUGACGUGAAUUUUUAUCUGCUUUCAAGGGUAGAAUGGUUUAAUUCUGGGAAAAAAUGAAAAAUGUGCCGCUUUUUUGGGAACAGAACAACAAGCACAAGUGCGUUAUUAUUUUCCAGACGUAGAGUUCAACGCGCAAAACAGAAAUGGGAAAACGUUGUUGAAAGAAGAUUUUCUGCAACUUUGAGUGGCUGAAUAGAUUGAAGGAAAAGUGCAGGAGUGGUGAUGGACACAACAUUGAAUAAAUAAGAAGUUUUCAGUUCUUAAGAUACAUCCCUUUCAAAGAUUUUCUCCUAAUCCUGAGAAUAAUCUGAAACACGUGUUCUUAUCCUGGUUUCAAUACCACUAAACGGAUUAGCAAUGACCGACAAUACGCAUAAACGAGGACAUACGUACACUUUGUUUCUUUUUCACUAAUAAUUCAUACCUUACACACUGAAAAGUUCCGAGAAUAAUUUUCUCACGCCUUUUUCCACGUAGUCUUCCCUGUCCAAAGCGGUAGUAAAGAAAUAGAAUACAAUAAUGGUUGUGAGUAAGCCUAUUCUUCUUUUCCCAAAAAAUGAAUAAUAUUUUCAAAAAAAUUAAAUAAACUUGAUUAAGACGUGAGAAUCAAGAAAACAAGUUGUACAAAAGGCAAGAAAAACACGCUUUAGUGGCAGUAAGUAUUGAAAGGGAAAUUAAAGAAGAAUUUCAUGAUUUCUUAGUGAUCUGUGAAAUGAGUAAGGUUUCCCACUAAAAAAUCUGUUUUUAAACGUUCCUUGGCUUUAAGACACCACUUCAAAGGAAAGAAAGUGCAUUCAAUCUAAGAAUCGGAUUGUUUUUCUUCCAGAUUGUUUGCAACUCACACACCAUACACCGCGUGCCAACCGACAUAAAAAACAACGUGCUUCGCAUCAAAAUCACCGAUAAAAUGGAAGGGAAUUGUGUGCUCACUGCCUUUUCCUCAGACCCAAGUUCAGACGUGAUGCUAUUCAGAGUCCAGAAUUACUGUGAGGUUUGUCAGGUGUUUUUUUGGCCAUUUUUUAUGUGUUUUUGUGGUCGACGUGGGUACGCCUGAGUUCUCGGGGAAAGCUGACAAAGGAGAGUGAGCAUGAAUAAGUCAGAUUGGUGGAAAAAGCGGCUGGAAGUCCGCCGAAUGAGAAAAGAGAAACGAGGGACGAGAAAAAAGAAAACAAGGGGCUUUCAGGACUGCAAGGUGAAAGUGUCAAAGGUUUCGAAUGGAAUGAGCAAGGAACUCGGCAGCAACGACGUCAUCGAACCUGGAGACGAAGUGGAACUGGAAUUUGCAGGACACUCGGAGGCGAUUGUUUUUUACAGAGCCAUGGACGAACGUCUCAAUUAUAUAACUUUGGUCAGAAACUCAAGAUCACACUUUUAAUGUUUUUUGUUUUAGAGAAACGAUUACAUGACUCACGAAUACCAAGACUAUCUCAUAUUUGCGAAACAGACAUUUGGGGCAAAAGUGGUCAACCUGGUGGAUGAGGAUGGGGUUGAGAAAGCAAUAAGUGAGUAGGAUUGCAAAAAAACCUCAGAACGAACGCGAAAACCAAUUUCAGAAGAAGUCUGCACGGCGGCAGGCUAUCUGCUCCGCUUUAAUUGUGAACAAGGACAGCGUUCGACGUCUCUUGUAUCCGAAAAGUGCCUCAAACACGUAUUGAAUCGCUGCUAUAAAAACUCAACGGGCAAGUCAAAUUUUGAAAGGGCCGACAGCGACAUUACUCUUUCACUUUUCAGCUACAGUGUUGCCCAUAAUGACGCCGUACUUGGAGCGAAAAACGCAAAUGAACACGGCGAGCUCGACUAACUGGUUAGAGAACUUCAACCUUUUCCGUCCGAAGAUUCCCAAAGCCCCGCUUGCUCUCUUCGUGAAACCGUGUGUUUUCCCGCAUGUAUAUUUAAUUCUUAACUUUAGUUCCAUUCCGCUCUUUUUCUUUCUGACAUAAGUUUAGUUGUAUAACACUAGGAAAGAAGCGUUUACCGUUUGUAAAAGUUGUACGUGUUCAGCGAGUUCCACGACCCAGGAGUUGUGAAGCAGAAACCAAAAGUUCGGCAGCAUUUCCCGGAAACCUGGCUGUUUGAUGCCAUUGUCUUGGAGUAAUUUAGCAACCAUAGUUUCAAGAAAACAUAGAGAGUGACUUUUAGAAGAAACGGAACCAAAAAAGUGAGAGCAACCUCACCGGAUAAUGUCGGACAAUGGGCUCUUAAUAGCGCUUAUUGGUGGCAUGGACGGGUCUCACUCUUUCCGGGCCAGACAAGAUACAUUCAGACAAGCAAACCAAUAUUCUUAGAGGUAAGAAGUCGUUAUAUAAAUAAAUGAAUGUCCAAUGAAAACCAUAUAAUUCAGGUUGACAUGCCCAGAAAUGUCUAUGUGAACGAGACAAUCAGUCCACUUUUAACUGUUACCGGAAUUGAUCUCAAAAAAUCUCGAGAAACAUUUGUGAUUUGUCUAUCAGAGCUGCCCAGAAAAGUUUGUGCGGACCAAGGGGCCAACGGAAAUAAAGGAGACAAGUACUACAUGAAAGUGGAGAUGACGAGAAACUCACCGAUUCAAAGCAAAUACCUCAUGAUGAAAUUCCUUUCGCCUGGUUUGGUUAACAUGACGGUUACCCUUCGAACGUACGUUGAUCAGGGCCUUGUUCGUUGUGCCCGUAGCCAAGCGUGAAGCCCGGCGGUAGCCGGGGGUCAGGCUUGUGAAUAAGUAAAUAAAUAAACAAAUGUUCAGUGAAAACUGCGAAACGGGCAAGAUUUUGGACGCCGUGCGGAAACAAAUUGAGAUCCAGGUGUCUUCAGUAACAAGAUGUAAAUAAAUAAAACUUGUGAGAGUUACAGAAACGCGCGGACACCGAAGAAUACUACGAACGUCAUAUUCUGAACCCCAGCAAACCAUUGGUGACGGCGAUGAAUGAUGAUCCGGGGUCAACGAGCAGCAAGGACACGAAGAUGAUAAGUGAGUCCGAACAGGAAAACAAAAUUGGAGAUGAGAGGACAUAUUUGCAGCGUUCUCCGAUCAACACUCUUCUUCCGACACUACGGACACCAUCAACACUCUGAUCACUUCCAACGUUCCGGACACUGAGACAGUUUUCUCUUUUAGUAUCACUUUGUCAAGUACAAACAGUCAACAAAUUCAGACGAUAAUUCGAAAAGUUUUCAGAGUUUUUGCCAAUAACAGAAAGAGUUGUCACUAUGUCAAUGGGUACACGUUUCAAGAGAAAUGGUCAGAGAAUUCUGACUUCAGUAAUCAAAGAGCUUUCCGUCGUUCUCUACAAAUUCAAAAAGCUGAAACUCUCCGGCUAUACUUCUUAUCAAAUGGAAGCUGAAAUUAAUGAUUGUACAGUUCCUCUAUCAAAAAAAACACAAAGUAUUUUUUUCAGUGAUCAACGAAAUGAUGCAGUUCUCGAAUUGCACUUCCCGGAAAGAACCGUGCGGUUACUAUGAGUUUGGAAGACCGCAAGCGUCAUCAGAUAUAUCGAUUUUGUAUGUGUUUCUAACCUGCAUGAAUGAAAUCAAUAUCUUUCUCACAGAUUGACAAGUAUCGCUACAAGCCUGUUAUGCGAAGCAGACGUCGAAGAGAGCCGAGUACUUGGAUCACUAAAAACCAUCACCGCCUACAUUCCAAAACUAGGAAGAAAAGAUUUCAACGAAGACCUCAGUGACAUCAUAGACGUCGAAAACGCAGAGGAUAAAAAAUACCUCCUUGUCUCUUUCAUGUAUCAAGUUUCACGAGACUGCGCUAGUUAUAGAGGCGGAGUGAAAGAUAUGGUGGGUAAAAGUAAACACGUAAAACGAAAAUAGGUGUUUUUCAGUCAAAGUCGUUUGGGAAGUUGCAUAAAUACUUUUAUGAGUUGGACGAGUCAAAUGUGAAAGAUGGAAGAACAGCAAGUGCCAUUGCAUUCAUGGCGACGAAUGCCACUGCGGAACUUAUGAGAAGUGACCUUCUGUCUAAAAUUGAUAGUAAUCUAUCCUUUUGAAAGCUUAAAUCCAACAAUCUUCAAUAUUCAGAAGAACAUCCUCCGUAUUGGAAAUGCAAUGGAAUUGAACUUAAUCGAGUUGGAAAGUCGAAACAAGCAAGCGAGUCGUUCAGAAGACGACGAGAGGUGAGAACAACAGCGAAACCGACGCCCGGAACUUGAAAACAAAGCAAAAAUAGAUUAACUGAAGACGCAAAGUGGGAGGUUCUUUUCCCCUCUCGCCCUUUCCAUUAAGUUUCUCCAAUAAAAACAAUUAGGCACACUAGAGCUUUCUCGGAUAUGCAAAUAAUGCGGACCAUCUUUGGUCCCUGAAAAACGAAUUUAUUGCAGAGCUGCCAAGUGAUGGUGAAUAGCUUUGCUCUUUCUGCUAUUGUGACCGCCUACGCCGAAGGCACCGAAGUUGACUGGGACCGCCUCGCCGAUUGGAUUUCAGAACAACAGAGCAGCGAUGGAUCCUACGGAAGCCCAUUAACCACAUUAGUAGCAACUAGGUCUUUGUAUGAGAAACGACGUCGCAAUGUGGAAAUUGAGUACAAUGACAACCUUGAAGUAAUAACCAAAAAAUAAGCAUUUGUGAAAGUUUCUAGAAUCUGUUUUCAGGUAACAGUUCGAUGCAAAGGGUGCACUGAAAAGCAUGUGAACGUUACUGAAAGUCCUAUCGAAAUUCACGUAGGCCUUGUCGAUUCUCAGAUUCAAAUGUUCGGAUCCAGUUUCAGAUUCCCAACAACAUUCACUAUGUCACGCUCAUAACAAAAGGCCGCGGAAAAGCUGUCGUUGCCGCCCGGAUAGUGGCGACUAAGAGGCCAAGACCGAAAAGAGGACUCACACAGGAUGAUUACUAUCCUGUGCACUUGGCCAUUGAUCAGAAAGUUCAAGAUAAUUUUGUGCAUCAAACGGUGUGCUUCAAGUGAGAAUUUAAGAAUAUUUAAGAACUUUGGGGAGAUCUUCAAUAUUAAUGUUUCAGUGUAACUAAUCCUACCAUCAAAACGCUUGACAUCUUUCAUGGAACUUACACCCUUUUCUCAGCAACACCAGAUCAGCUUUAUUUCUUGGUAUGCGACAGCAUGAUAUUAUUUUGCAAACAUAUUUCAGAAUGAUUCGUAUACCCCUAUCAAUCCGACGACGUCAGCUCUCGGUCUUCAUUUCAUUAUCACUGGUAUCGCAACAAAUCAAACACUUUGCUACAAAGUAGCCCUAAGUGAAUCAAAGGGAGGAAACAAUAUACCUAACAAGUCAGCUCCCGUGCCGAUUCGGGCGACACAUCCCGUGCAAGGUACACUCACGUCUUUACUGCUUAAAAACGCAAAAAAGUUUUAGGAUUAGUGGGAAUGCUUCUGAUUGCCCAUCCUGAUGUUCCAAAGUCGGACGCUGUGGUUCGACGGCGACGUCAUCAUCAUCAUACUCGCACAAGAUUCGUCAGAAGAAUCAUUGACGAGUCCGCCGUGGAUACGGUCUGCUACGACGGAGGUUUGUAUGAAGUUCUCUACAAUUUUCUGAAGUUUCAACUUUAGGAGAGUGUUCUUGUGCAGAAACAACAUGCAGUGUCAAGUGCAAGACGUGUCAAUUGGAUACUCCCGAACAACUCAGAGAGUUGUUAUCAACAGAUGGAUUCUUCGGUAUCACUCAUUCCCAGUUUGGUUUCCGUACCUAGUCUACUUCAGGUAUUCGGUUCGAAUUGAAUGCCAUCGCAAGUUCUGUAAUGAACGGAGCAAACUACACAAUCUACGACGGUACUGUAAAGGACAGUAACGGCCUGGGAUCAGGCGCAUUUGAACUUUCAAGUAAGUUUCAAGUGAAAACAAAAAGACUAGAUCCUUGAACAUCAGAAAAAGUGAGAGUUUGGCUGCGAUCUUGUAACGUCGGUUGUGCACCAGAAGAAAAGAUAUUGAAGCGAGACUAUUACGUAUUGGGACAUGAGGAUGGUCUCAAUUCGGAUUCUUAUGGAAGGUAUUUUUAAACUGAAUUAUUACAAAAAUAAGCAUACAUUUUCAGACAAAACUACAUUCUCAAUCACAUGGAUCGAUUCGAAGAGAGUUCUUACGCGUGUCAAAACUUGAACUCAGCAAUAACAAUCAGAUACUGA